UUUCAGAUUUUCAUAUAACACAAUUAAUAUCGUAUUUCAACUGUACCAUUUUGUUUUACAAUAAGAAAAUCUUCUUUCACUCAAACGUUUCAUUGAAACUAAUUCUUUGGUAGAAGAAUUUAUGUUACUUGCAAAUAUUUCUGUUGCUUGUUUCAUUGUUGAAGCUUUUCCCGAAUUUGCUCUUUUGAGACGUCAUCCUACUCCUCCAACAGGAAACUUUGAACCUUUAAUAAAAGCUGGAUUAGCUAAGGGAUUUACAAUUGAAGUUGACAAUGGAAAAAAGUUAUCCGAAUCUCUUGAAAAUUGCAUAUUGAAAGAUAAUCCAUAUUUUAAUACUAUGAUGAGAAUGAAAGCAACAAGAUGCAUGACUCAGGCAUUAUAUUUUUGCAGUGGUACUUUACCUGAAAAAGAGUACUUUCAUUAUGGAUUGGCAGUACCAAUUUAUACUCAUUUUACUUCGCCAAUUAGAAGAUAUUCAGAUAUUAUUGUUCAUCGACUUCUAGCUACUGCAUUAGGAGUAGCAACUGCUUAUCCAACUUUGAUAAAUAAAAAAGCAUUGCAGGAAUUAUGUAAUAAUUUAAAUUAUCGACAUAAAAAAGCUCAAGAUGCUGGUAGAUCAUCAGUUACUUUAUAUAUGCAUCAUACUGCAAUUUGGAAAACAGAUCCUGUAAAUUAUGAUCAGUGCAUGUUAAUUUUUCAAUGGUUUUGCUAUUUUCUAUUUAUGUUACUACUUAAAGAUAAAAGAAUUGAAGAAGAUGGUUAUAUUUUUUCUGUUGGAGAAAAUGCCUUAAUGAUUUUGCUACCAAAAUAUGGUUUAGAAACAAAAUUAAAUUUGAAGACUGAAUUAAACACAUCUAUAUUUACAUAUAAUGAAGAAGAAAUGAGUCAUACGGCAAAUGAAGUUACUUUAAGUAUUUUUGAUACAGUUACCGUACAAAUAUAUAUUGAUAGAUCAAAUAUUCAGCAUCCUUAUAUACAAGCUCAACUAGUGAAACCAUUUAUUGAAGGAUUUAGUGUUCCAUCAAUUGUUGAAGAAGGCCCACCCAAGAAAAAGCGCAAAACAAAAUAAUUCCAUUAAAUAUUUUAUAUUUGUUACAAAAACAAAAUUAUAAAAUUUGUUAAUAUAUAUAUGCAUAAUAAUUAUUAAAACUGAUAUUAUAUAUAUUUUUCU